CAGUCCCCCCUCUCUCCCCGGUAAACAAUGGCGCUACACCAAUAACAUGGUUCGGUUUCGCUCGGUUCGAAAACCGAACGCUCUCGGUAGUCAAUAGCCAGCUGAUCUAGGCGCGCAAGCAUACGCAACAGUGUGGACGCGUGUGUGCGCGAAAGAGCGCGUAGCAGCGAGCGGCGUGGAGGAGAUCAUGUGUCCAGUGGGGUCCGCCAUUUCACGCUUUAUCAGGCACUAACGAUCGAUUGUUUCUGCAUUCUAUCGGGUGCCUCCAUCCAGUGCUGAGGUGCUAAAGUUGGGCGUCUAGUGCACGGUUCGAAGUUCCCGAAGUGUUCCCACCGAGACGAUCCGGUUUCGGAUCCGUGAUCCUCCGCGCAAGCAACUACUAGAAACUGUGCGCCGUAGUGUAUAAUGGUGCAAACAACCUAGAAUCACACGGUAGCCGCCAUCAUCACGCGCCUGUAGAGUGUUAUUUUCAACUUUAAAACUCUUGCGCUUGAAACACGCACGAAACGAAGCAAUGGGCUCAGACAACAACGCCACGGGAGACGGGAAACCGUCGGAGGUGUCCAACGGCACGACCAAGGAUUUGGAGCAGAUGAAAUCGUACAGUGGCGAAGGCAAAUCUCCGAGCGGGUUCGGUGCGCGCCAUGUACAGACGUUGCUACUCUUCUUCGGGCUCACGGUGGCGUACGCGUUGCGCGUUAAUCUUUCGGUCGCCAUCGUGGCAAUGGUCGAUCGGCACGCCGCCAACAAGGACUUUGAAGAGUUCGACUGGGACGAGCGCACAAAGUCACUGAUUCUGAGCAGCUUCUUCUGGGGCUACGUGGUCACGCAGAUCCCGGCCGGUCAGUUGGCCCAGCGUUUCGGGCCAAAGAUUCUGCUCCUGCUCUCGGUGGGCAUCUGCUCAGCGCUAGCUGUCCUAACACCGGUUUGUGCCAACGUUGGCAACGCGAAGGCCGUCAUUGCACUGCGUGUGAUUCAGGGACUUUCUCAGGGUUUCAUUUUCCCCUCGACUCACACGAUGCUGUCACGCUGGGCACCGGCCUCGGAGCGUGGUCGGCUCGGAACACUGAGCUAUGCGGGCGCACAAUUCGGUACGGUGUUGAUGCUGGCCAUUAGCGGUGUUCUGGCAUCGUCCUCUCUCGGGUGGCCUGGCAUCUUCUACCUUUCCGGCGCCGUUGGACUGAUCUGGUCGGUGGCGUGGUUCUUUUACGGUUGCAACUCUCCGUCCGAGUACCGAGGCAUCGCUCCUGAGGAGCGCGAGUUUAUCGAGAGUUCGCUCGGAUCGCAGGAUCACAACCGACGCAUUGUGACGCCAUGGUUGGCGAUCUUCACAUCGGCACCGAUGAUUGCGCUGACGAUCGCACACAGUGCCCACAACUGGGGCUUCUGGACGUUGCUCACCGAAAUGCCGACCUACAUGAAGGAGGUGCUAGAGAAGGACAUUAAGAAGAACGCUCUGCUUUCUUCCCUACCGUACCUUGUGAUGUGGAUGUUGAGCUUCGUCUUCAGUCCGAUAUCUGAUUUCCUCAUAAAUCGCAACUAUCUGACGCGGGUCGCUGGUCGAAAGCUGUUCAAUACGAUCGGCCUUUGGAUCCCGAUGGCGGCUCUGCUAGGUCUGGCAUUCGUUCCGAAGGGAAGCUCAGACUUGGCGGUCGUUCUGCUGACGCUAGCGGUCGGUAUCAAUUCGGCCACCUAUUUGGGCUUCCAGGUGAAUCACAUCGAUCUGGCACCAAAUCAUGCUGGCACGAUGAUGGGAAUUACGAACUGCGCUGCCAACGUUAUGUCCAUAAUUGCGCCGCUCAUCGUCGGAGAGGUGAUAACGGAUGCGAGCGAUCCGAUACAGUGGCGUUGGGUGUUUUAUAUUGCGGCCGGUAUCUACUUUUUCGGUAAUCUGACGUUCCUCAUCUUCGGCAAGGCGGACAUUCAGUCGUGGAAUGAACCCGAAUCACCCAUCCCUCAUUCGCAAACGAACGCAAACGACUCUGAUACUACGCGAAGAGCCAGCAACCCAAAUCACAGUGAUUAGUUGUUGUUUCUGACUAUGUGUGUUUGUGUGUGGUCCUGUCUAGUCCCGUCGGAAACGGUACGGAAACGCAGGAUAGUUGGAAUGUUCGUUGUUUUCUUAUGGUAGUCAUACAUAAGAGAUUAGAUUAGAUUAGAUUAGCUCUCCAUUAGAUUAUGGAGAGCUUUAAGGAGUUGAAAAAGCAGACAUGCUAACUGUCAAUUCAAAUCGGAUGCAGAAAAACUGGGCGUACCAGAGCUUACUACGCUAUCGAGAAUAUCGAGAUGGGAAUAGAAGCCCUAUCAAAACAAAAAGAAACUUACCGCGCUGCAUGCGUGUUUUUAGCACAGAGUGGCAUUUAUUGUUUUUCCUCCUGCUUUCACCAGGCAGGUUGGUGAAAAAAGCGGAGGAAAAAGAACCGUGGCCUAUAUUUAUGAAUCGUUAAUAAUAAAAACAACAGUAAAAAAGCGCCACUGGUUUUGUUUGUGCAAAAAGAAGCAAAGCAGCGGGUUGAGAUCGUUGUGGUCGUUUUGUUCCUGAGGUCUCCUCCUUCAGAGUAACUUUUUGUUCACCUUUCGUCCUACUUUGAGGAUCACGUAGAUCAGGUACAUGCUGCCGAUCCAGCUGACAACAAUCGUUGCCGGUAGGACGAAACGAUACGAGCGGCUAUUCCCGAUCGGUAUCAGCACACUGAUCACUGUUGGUAAAUUCUAACAAAACAGACAUUCGUCUAUAAAGUACGCCCGAUGCUUCGCCAGUGUCACUUACAUUAAACUCCAACUCCUCCCACUCGCACAGGGCCGCGUGUGCCAGUUUAUCGUAGUCCUCGAUGUCGGAGCUGCUUGCGCAGGGCAGCCUCGCCGUGCCCAACGUCCGUGGGGGAUGUUUGCUCGAUUGCACGUUACGGCACUGCACGUACACCGUGGGGCUCUCCACUUGAAUGCGUUCAAAUCUGGAAAAUACGGUGGUUGUUAUUUCAAGUGUCGAUAAGGAACGUGGCCUCUGCCGUCGCAUACUUUCGCUCUGAUGGGUCGUGAUAGCGGAAAUGAAUCGGCAAAGUAAUGUUGACUUCACGGCGUAGCGUUUCGUAGAGGUACACGGUGAACGGCUCCGACUUGCCGGUGGGUUUCUCCACAUCCACGUACAGCGGCACGUAGCUGCUGAUCUUAUUGAAGCGCUUUAAAUCGAUCAGCUGAUCGGUGUUAACGUAGAUCGAGGAGGGCAGAUAUUGUACGAUCAGCAUGUCGCAAGACAUUCGUCCGAUGCCGCCGAACCGAAGGCUAUAAUUUAUGUCACUGGGCGCGAGGGGGAAGAACGAAACGUUGCAUCGAGACCAUUUUACGAGAUUAACCAUUAUUCGUUUAUCGAUUCUUACUUACCGAUGGAAGCCACUGUUAUGAAUGGCGACGGAAAGAAACGCACUUAACGCGACCGAAGAAUGAGGUAUAGCCACGAACAGCACUGCGCUUAGGACGGCCGAGUGAAUGAUUGAAUACAUUUUUCUCGAAGUGAAGCGUACCUAUUUUUCUAUUAAUAUAUGUUACCCGCAAUGUUUAAGCAUUAGAAAUCACUCGUUUGCAACCGCUCGGAACAGACUGAGGAAUGUUCUGUGAUAUUUCAUUCGAAAUUUGCCGCACUCUACGAUAGCGGUUUGUUAUUGUUUACACUGCUGCUUGACAGCCGGUGAGAAGCCGUCGCUAGCUGUCUCCUUCGUUACUUUCUUCUCGCUCUCGCUUGCCAUAGGGUGGCUCAACCUUUUGAGAAUUUGAAUGAGUUUUCGAAUAUUCUUUUCAUCAAAUUUAAUUCUUUAUGCUAUCAUUGUUCACAAAAAGAUGCAGAAAUACACUGUCUUCCGUUGCGUUUUACGAAUAAACUUUAUUCCAUCUUUCUAUCCAAUAUUGUGUAGCGUGGUUCCCAUGAAGAACAAUAAUUUACGGGUUUCGAAAAAUAAUAGAGCAAUAGUAUUCCAUCACUUCGCAGCAUUUAAGUAGACAUGGGAAGUAUUCCUCUGGCAAAGAACGUUUGCUGAUAUAUUGUAGGAUGUUUAUGGGCGACUCUUAGGCUUCCUUCCGCUGGUGGAGAAUAGUACCGAGACUCGGGGGCUGAGCAGGACGUUUAGAACUGAUCUUCGGCGAGGACGUAUUCGUCACGAAGCUUCGUAAGCUUGCUCACCAGCACAUCAACCGUGACCUCACCGUGAACCUUAUUGUCACGCGUGCGAACAUUAACCGUUUCCGAGCUGC